AUGUUGCCCUCAACCAGGAAGGCGCAGGAGUACUUGCGACUGUCCAGGGUGAAGUGUGGCGGCCUGUCUGCUCGCACCACGGAGACCGGCCGCGCAGUCAUGUGCCUCGACCUGGCGGCUUCCUGGAGGGGGUGCCCCUUGGACAGGGCUUAUGUAACUAAACUUUCUGGUCUGAACAACAAGAUGUACCAGAGCUGCCUUAAAUCUUUUGAGUGUUUACUGGGCCUGAACUCCAGUGUCGGAAUAAGAGACCUGGCUGUCCAGUUCAGCUGCAUGGAGGCGGUGGACAUGGCUGCGCAGGUGCUGCAAAGCUACGAGUCCAGUCUUCCACAGACACAGCAAGAGGAUCUCGACUUAUCCAGGCCGCUCUUCACCACCGCCGCACUGCUCACCGCGUGCAAGAUUUUAAAGCUAAAGGUGGAUAAAAGUAAAAUGGUAGCCACAUCUGGUGUGAAAAAAGCCAUAUUUGAUCGACUGUGUAAACAAUUAGAGAAGAUCGGGCAACAGAUAGACCGAGAGCCUCCAGAUUCAGGCACUCCGCCACGGAAGGGAAGGGGGACAGCGCCGGAACCUGCAGGAAAGGAUACAGAGAAAGUAGUAGAGAUCCUGCAUAAACCACAACACGAUGAAGACCUGACCCUGGAUUACGAAGAGUGGAAAAGGAAGAUUCUGGAAAAUGCUGCCAGAGCACAGAAGGCUGGAGCAAAGUGAGCUCAGCACCCAGACGGCCAUGUUCUCCACCCAACCGUGCACCUGCCCCUCGACGGAGGUCGCAUGCGUUGGAGUUCUGUUUCAGCUUUUAUAACAGGGAUCCUAAGACUGUCACCUUAACGGCACCAGCACUGGGGCUGAGUUCUGGGCAGCAGGCUGGCCCCUGGCGGGGGCAGCAAACUCAUCAGAUCAGCCACAGUCCUUGUUGGCAUAGUCUUGGCUGCCCCCCCGAUCUGCACGCCUGCAAAAUGGAUUGGAGCCAUUUUACUCUUUUAAGCAAAAGACAAGUCUCCUCUCCGAGCCUAUAGAAUUCAGGCUGAGUUGUCUUACUGGUUUUAU